AUGUGCCGACCCCCAUCCGCGUCUUCGGUGCCACAUUCCAUCAAGCCCGAAGCAACGCUGCCGCUCAAUCUUGAGAGCCCCGACCCUAUCUUACAAUCACUAUCCCGCCAGCAUGGCCUUUCUCAGACAGAUUGGAAUUCUAAUGAUGAAUUCUUCAAAUCCACGCGCGGCCGCUUUAUUGUAGAUGAGGCGGAGAAUCUUUGA